GCAGUAUGGGAAGCAAGAUGGAGGAAGAAAGGGCAAGAGAACAUCAACCCACCUCGUUUAGAGGAACUUUAAGCCUUUAGGCUUUUUACUGUAGCAAACAACACGAUGCAUAAGGUGGCUUUGUUUGCAGGCGCUUUUAGAGGGGUCCUGGCAGGAUCACGCGGACUUCACGGGCAGAGUUUACUUCACUUCUGCACGAGACAUGAGACUCAGAUGGGAAAACACACUGAAGAUCAAACCAAAAACACUACGGGCCACUUUACCUGUUACAGUCUGCAGCACAGGACUCUCAUCAAUAUAUCUGGACAUGACACCAGCUCAUUUCUUCAAGGAAUAAUCACCAAUGACAUGGGUCUUUUAAGUGAGGAUGGGGUCAAAGCCAUGUAUUCGCACAUGUUAAAUGUCCAAGGCAGGACAUUGUAUGAUAUAAUCAUUUACAGUUUAAAGGAAAACCCGAGUGGACUUAAUGGUGUGCUUCUGGAGUGUAAUGGCUGUGUACAGGAGUCCAUUAUGAAACAUCUGAAAACAUACAAGAUACGGCGUAAAGUCAACAUCAGCACAUGUCCCAGUCUCUCGCUAUGGGCUUUGUUACCUCAAAACAAAGAUGAUAUGACGAAGUCCGAGCCAGAUGUUAAUGCAGCAGAAAACGUGAUAGUGUUGGAGACAGACCCAAGAACUGAGCUCAUGGGAUGGAGACUGAUCACCAGUCACGGGGUCAAUCCAGUAGACAUUAUUUCGGCUUGUCACCAGGGUAUGACUGAAGAAUACCACCAACAUCGAUAUGAAAUUGGAAUACCUGAAGGCGUCCAAGAUCUUCCACCAGGUGAGGCCCUUCCACUGGAGUCUAAUCUGGUCUACAUGCAGGGAAUAAGCUUCACCAAGGGCUGUUACAUCGGACAGGAACUAACUGCCAGAACUCACCACACCGGUGUAAUACGGAAACGCCUAAUGCCUGUUAGCAUGUCUGCCCCGGUGAAAAACAUGGACCAAGAAACUGCUCUGAUGACUGAGGGUGGAAAACCAGCAGGGAAGCACAGAGCAGGAAUCGAACACCUGGGUCUGAGCCUUGUACGCUUGGCUCACGCCAAAGAGCCACUAAAACUUAAAUUGUCUGAUAAUACGACUGUGACUUUACAGGCUAAGGUGCCUGACUGGUGGCCAAAAAACACAAAAGAUAAGUGAAUCUUCUAGCCACUUCUACUACAUUUGUUGUUUUUAAAUGCUUGUCAAACUGCUGUUCUUGCAUUGUAAAGCAUAUUUAUUUAUAUUUGGAGUUCAAUUAAAACUUAACAUGAAUCACUAUAGCCUUUAUUUAUACAUUUGUUGGCGACAUGCUGGAUGAACCUUGAAAAUAAAAUAACUUAAUAUUAUACAACUUAU